CGUCACCGUCUAAAAAUCCGUUCAGUCUGUGCGUACGCGAGCUGGUGCGCGAACUCUUUGUAAACGUGAUCAAAGUUUGAAUUUUGUUAGGAAAAUGUCACAAGCUAUUAAAAGGAUGCCUAUGUUAAAUUCCUGUUGUGGUUGUGCCUCAUUGAAGGUUGGGACGAUUAUAAGUGGAGCCUUAGGAGUGGUUAUUGGAGCUGUCACACUUGUUUUCAUCUUGGUCACAGAUGUAAAACUGCAGACGAUAGUUAUUGACACACUUCCAUCUGACAUUGUAAAAAUAAUCCUUGCCAUCAACUUAGUGAUGACAAUGUUGAUAUCAGUUCUCCUUAUCAUUGGAGCACUUAAGAGGAACCGGUUUAUGAUGUUGCCAUGGGUUAUUCUCGCCAUCAUGUUAGCCAUUGGUCUUGCCAUCUCAGUUAUCUACACAGCCGUUGUUUUCUUCAUGCACAAACAAGCCUUUGGAGCCUGCCUGUGGCUACUGUUCGGACUAUCAAGUGUCGCCAUCUACGUGUACCUGUGGUUUGUUGUCUUCAGCUACUAUCAGCUCCUUCAAGAAGAGAAAGGCAGAGGUCCUUAUUCUCGACCCGCCUACAGACGCUAAUCCUAACCUCUACAAUUCCUCAUUGCUGAUUCUUCCUAAUCUCAAUUCUUCAUUGUUCUUUCUUCUUUCCCUAUUUUGUUUGCCAUUAGCAUACCUUCCCUUCCCUUAUAGAGUAGGAUCUCAUCAUCUGAAGGCUAUGUUAAGAAUUAUUCUGUCUGGAGUGUGUUAUGAUGUUUACUAUCUAUUUAUUGUACAUAAACUUCUAAACCAUUUUAAUAAGAUAAAACAAUAUAACAGCAUUAGUACCGGUAGACAAUUAAUUGCUUGUCAUCUGGAAUUAUAAACAAAGUAUAAUUGUGUAAAAUUUACCCUAGAAAAACUUGAAGGCAAUAUGAGCACACUCAAACGUAACGAUGCAUAACAUACAUCAGAGCAUGCUUUAGAUUUUUUAUAGGAAGAGAAGGCUCCAGACAAUAGGUGUAUAAAGUUAAUGCUAUAACUAAACCGUAAUUUCAUAUAGCAGAAUUCUUAUUUUGUGAUUAAGGCCAGAAUAGUCAACAGUAAUCCUUUAGUUAAACCCCGAGUUAAACCUCACAAUCAUAAUAUGAUCAUUAACAGUUAUUGUUUGAUUAGUUUUAUAUGAAGUUUAAUAUAUUUUGUUUGAUAAUCUUUUUACUAGAAAUGUUAAGACGAGUAAGUUAUUUUAAUUAUAUUGUUUAUAUGUGUUACAAUUUUAUUGCAUAUUUUAUUUUGUCUUUCUUGAUGAUCUGUAAGCUUUUGACAAUGUUAAAAGAAAGAAUCUCUGUGUUUUUUUUUUUACUUUAUCUUUUACUUUCUUAUACUAUUUUCAUUUAAGUCUUGCCUAAUUCACUAGUCCAUUUCAUUAUUUAUUAUUAGAAUAGUUAUAUUAAGUAGUUUAGGGUUAUGUUAACUAAUUAUAAUUGAAUAUAUCUUAACAUUUUGAUAACAGAAGUGUAAAACAUUAAUAAAUAUCAACAAAAUAGUUACCAAAUUAAAUAAAAAUCUACUUCAGAAUACCCUACUAAAGUUAAUUGCAAACAUGUUUUGUAAGGGAUUGAAUUCAACAUUUAAGAUGUAGAUUAUAAGGGCUUAUUUACUAAAAUACAUUACACUGUAUAUUUAUUUCGUCCUUGUGAAGGAAGUUAAGAGAAGAUCCAUUUGAUUGUUUUCAGUAUCUAUAAGCUAAUAGUCUCAAACUUUAUUAGACAACAAUAUUCCAAACAUUUUUCAAAAACGUAACUUUUCAUUAGAUAAUGCUCUUUUUUAGAGCCAUGUUGUUCCCACAGAGGAUACAAGCUUGUGGGACAAACUUGCGCUUUUAGAUCUGGUAUUUUGGGGCGGAAAUGUACUUGUAAAGCCCCGUUUCCAUCAAACAUUUUCUGCUCAAAACAUUGUUGUCAGCUAAACUCACAAUAAAGUUGGAGUAAAAUGUUGAAUGGAAACACUAGCAUAAUGUUUUGAGCAGUGUUGGCCAACAAAAAGUGUUGGCAGCCGUUGCAGCUGACAACAUUGUUGUGAGCUGUGCUCAAAAGGUAAUGGAAACGGUGUCCAGCUGCCAACAUUGCUGUGAGCAGAACUCGCGCAUGCGCACUUGCUCUGUGAGGAGCAGACGCCGCGCCGCACAUCCACCGCAGCACCAUCGCACCUCUAGCCUAGCAGACGGGUUAAACACCAACAACACCACGUGUUUUUGUUUAUGGUGUAAACAUUCUUGUGUAGUGUCGGUGUAACUUGUUGUGUUGGGCUUUUGGACGGUAUGGUGAGGCCAUGGCGAUGUCAAGUCAAUAUUGGGGAAAAGACGAAGUGUUAAAGUUGAUAUCUUUGUAUUUGUAACAUUAACUAAUCGAACAGGUUUUUAAUUUUAAUUUUGAGAUGCAUUUAUCAGGAUUUGAUCUUUGAAGCCAACUGUUGUUAAUAUGAUCAAAAUAAAACAACGAAUUCUGUUUACUUAGUUGAGAUUACAAAAUAAAUAAAUAAAGAUACCCUGACUAAAUAAUGAAAUGUUUACAGUUAAUUAAAAACAGAAAUAAGAAAAUCAGUCGUUCAAUUUCUAAAAUCGGCCAGGGGGUAAAAUUCCGGGGGGUAAAACUCCGGGGGUAAAAUUCCGGGGUUAAAAUUCCGGGGGUAAAAAUCCGGCCCGUACAUCUUCAGUUGUCUAAACGCUAGUUAUAUGGACAGUACAAUUCCGGUUUUCAUCGCUAAUCUAAUUAAUCACGCUCUGACUAUUUUCAUUAGACUUCCAAAUCCGUGGUGGUAAAAUUCCGGCCGCGAACAAACUUUUGGCCACUCAGGUUACAACGUCAUAGUGACGUCAGCUUUGCCCAGGGGGUAAAAUUCCAGGGGGAUAAAAUUCCGGCGACCCGUGGAUGGUAGUGAAAUGUGCUCACAGUAGAAGGAGGGGUUGGCGGGAAAUGUUGGCGCGAAAUGUUGGCGCGUACUGCUGGAAUGGAAACAGCGCGCCAACAUUGUUGGGAGCUGUGCUCAAAUCAACUUGAACUUAGCUCCCAACAUUGUUGGUACAAAAUGUUUGAUGGAAACGGGGCUUAAUGAGCCAGGAAGAUCCUGAACACUGAUGGCCACACAGCGUUUUUGUACAGCAGUUGUAGCACACAGGGUUUUACGUACAGCUUUUUUUCGUGAUGGCGAGUGGGAAAGGAGAGCGGAAGAGAAUGACAAAUAGAAUUUGCUUUAGACACCAGCAACUGGUGCUAGACACCACUUAAGUGGACCAUUGAAUGUAUCCUCUGUUUCUUACUUCUAUGUGUUGUUACUUAAAAUUGGUUAUGCUAUUUAUUUAAUUAUUGCACCACGUUCAACUCUUGCAAAAUCAUACUGAGUAUGACUUUCUUUAAACAAAGGAAUUUUUUUUAGAAAUACAGGGAUUUUUAAAGAAAUGUACCAUGAAUUCAUUAUAGCAAUGUCUCGUGAUAACCCUUUCAUAAUUUUUGCGCUUGUUUAAGCAAUGUAUGUAUUAUAAUUUAUUAUAGUUUUAAGUUAAAUUAGAUUUUGUUAAUUGCAUUUUAAUUUGUAAGAUAACACAAGUACCUUAUACUUAAUAGUUUUAACAGUUUUUAAUUUUACAGAAAUUUACUUAUUGAAUCUAAUGUGAUUCGUUGCGUUUUGUAAUCUCCUAGAUAAAAUGUAGAAUUGGAAAUUUAAUACUUGCUUGGUAUGAAUUGUUCAGUUAUAUAUUUGACUAAUUUUAAAACUGUACAAAUCCAUAAAUAGUUUUUUUCUAAGCACAUACAAUGAUUGCAUUAAAAAUAUGUUUGAUUAGAGUUGUUUUUAAAGUUUUAU